UGUUCUACUAAAAGAUGUUAUAAAACACACGCACACACACACACGGGUCACAUACACUAACCUUUAAAUUAGGCAGACAGGAAAUAGCGCGGUAAAUUUAGCAGGAUGUUCUCAGGCAAUAUGCCCAUGAUGCAGCACACUCGAAGGGGCACUGGACCCGCGAGUGAGGAGCAACGCAGUAUUAUAUCCGAUUCUCAGAAUGGCUCAAUCAGAUCAUCUCAAUGCAAAAUGCAAUUCCUAUCUCGUACUUGGAUGCUCCUGCUGGACUACAAACAAUACAAAGCAGCCCGAGUUAUCCAACAAAACUGGCGGAAGUUCUUCUACCGGAAAAUGUUCCAAGACAAAAGGAAGGCGGCCAUAACGAUUCAGCGUUGGUGGCGCGGAUUCUCGGCCAGAAACAAUCACUAUCGUUUUGUGGAGAAUCUGUUGCAGAAGCGGCUGGAGGAUCACUACCACAGAUCAGCCACUAAGAUCCAAGCUUUGUUCCGAGGUUGGUGGAGUCGCCACACGAUCCAUGACAACAGCAAGUUGCUCAGGUUGCAGGUCUGUGCUGCAGAGGAUCUCCUAAACUGCGUGGCCUUCAAAUUGCAUCACCUGCUGCGCACCUACGCAAUUCCCGGCGUCUAUUCGCUGAAGAACUCCAAUUGCUUGUCGCGCAUAGAGAAACUGCUGGCCAGCUUGCAUUUUCGGUUUCACAAUGGCAAAGAGAAGUUACAAAUUGCGAAAAAUCUGGCAGCUAGAAAAAAGGAUCGGCAAAUUUUUAAGAAAAGUGAUAGGAUAACCGAUAUUCCGUUCAAGGGAGCGCGAUAUUGGAGCCAGUGCAAGCCAAAGUGCGAGGCCGCCUUGAAAUUGUCCAAGGACAUUGACAAACGCAUGUUCCGUAUCAUUGAAAUGUACGAUGCUUCACAGAGGGAUGCGCAUGCGGCGUUGGUCCAAAAGAAAGCAGCGUACAAGAAGCAAAAGCAGCUUAUGACUAAUAUUAAGAAGUCGGCGGAGAGGAAUAAGCGCGAUUUUUGCGGCGAUGUCAUUGCCAGCAUGCGUCGCUGGAAAAUUCUAGUGGACAACAAUUUGAAUGUGGACAAGGACAUUUUUAGAAAUCCGGAAAAUCUAGAAAAAUUCCUCGCUGAAAUAUCGGAUUAUGGAAAUGAGUUCAAGAACUGCACCUGCUACUGCCGCAUUCCCGUACUAACCGAAAUCUAUUGCGGCUAAACAUUAACACUAUCCGUAAACCACUAUGAAAAUAAA